AUCCCGACGAGCCAUCGGCUGCCGCGCCGCCUUUUCGACCCUUCCUCCCCCUCUCCUCUGUGAAUCGAAGUCCAGGUGAGAUUCGCCGGGCUGUGAGCAGGAUUGGGGCACGAGGGGCAUGCGUUUAUGUGGUCUGCUGGGAGAUUCUGGUGGUGAAAGUUUUGGGUCAGCCAUGAUGAGAAUGAGUUCUACAUUGCUGUGCUGACAGAAGAUGCAGUAAAAGAGACUUUGGUGGGCAUUUCCACAGGUGCUCUGCAUCUUGGUCACCAACAGCAAACCCUUGACCUACCUGUGUGUGUGGUUUGGAAUAUCACUGGUUCUGCUGGACUGCAGCCAUCCAAGUAAAAUAUUUCUGUGGAAGAUACAGUUCUGAUUUUUCCCUCUUUUUUAUGUGAAAAAUCCAAAAUGAAUCCUUAAGCUGCUGUGAUUUUUGAGCCAGUUGGACACAGGAAAAAAUAUAUAUAAUUGAAUAUCGGACCUAAAAGCAACAGCAGCUACAAUGAUGCCCAUAACCAUUGAUGUGGAGGAGACCAAGCUCCAUGCACCAGUAAGCAGAACUAAAGUGAAGGAUCUCAUUAGCAACUUGUUCAGACUAAUCCUGUCAGACUCAGAUGCUCGUAAUCUCUUCUUUUUCCUCUUGCUGAACUUAACCUUUGCCUUCGUGGAGCUUAGCUAUGGCAUCUGGACCAAUAGUCUGGGGCUCAUUUCAGAUGCCUUCCACAUGUUCUUUGACUGCUCAGGACUUUUAGUCGGCCUGGCAGCAAAGGUGAUCACCAAAUGGAGAGCAACAGACAAGUUCACAUAUGGAUAUGUUAGAGCAGAGAUUCUUGGUGGGUUUAUGAAUGGGCUCUUACUCCUGUUUGUCUCCUUCUUCAUCCUGGCAGAGUCGGUCGAGCGGCUCAUAGAACCACCUGAGGUUAAGCACGAGCGCCUCUUUGUUGUUUCUGUCCUUGGUCUCCUUGUAAACCUUGUUGGAAUUUUUGCAUUCCAGCAUGGUGGUCACGGACACAGUCAUGGUGGUGGCGGCCAUGGGCACAGUCAUGGAGGGGGUGGACAUGGGCAUAGCCAUGAUCAUGGACAUGGGCAUGGACAUGGGCAUGCGCACAAUGGUCAUGCAUCCCAUGGACACUCUCAUGGAGGUGGGGGAGGUGGCUCACAGAUCAUGCAGGGGGUCUACCUUCACAUCUUGGCAGACACUCUGGGUUCUGUUGGGGUCAUUGUUUCCACCAUUCUCAUGCACAUGUUUGGCUGGAUGAUUGCCGACCCCAUCUGUUCCAUGUUCAUUGCCGUUCUAAUCUUUAUGAGUGUGUUAGGGCUGUUACGGAACUCAAUAGAGAUUCUAAUGCAGAGAUCACCACGUGAGUUAGACGGAAUGUUGUCAGGCUGCUUCUACAAGAUCAGUGCUCUGCCAGGUGUGUUCAGUGUGCAAGAGCCACACUUCUGGACGUUAUGCACCGGACAGUACGUUGGAAAUAUUAAACUUGAAGUGUCUGCUGCUGCCGACCCAAGAUAUGUACUCCAGCAGUCAAGGGCAAUCUUUAAUGCAGUAGGUGUAACACAAUUAUAUAUUCAGUUAGACUACACCACUAUGUAGCACUUUUAGAUUGUUAAUUGAUAUAUAAUUGUUUGUGGUACAGUCUUUUGGAGUAAGGCCGUUUAAACAUUUACUUAAGAAGACUGGGAAUGUUUGUGGUCGCAAAGCUAUUCUCAUGAUAACAUUUACCUUGUACUGUACAUAAUAAUCAAAUAUCAUGGUCACUCAUUUGUUUGAAUUUUCUGUACGUUUGUAAGUUGCUCCCUUAUUGAUUUCUUUAGGCGUUAUGAAAUUGAUUCAGAUGGAAAUAAUCUCGAGAGAUAAGUGAAGACCCAAGUUUAGAAGUCAGAAAGCCAUACAUAAUUGGGCAUUAAAUUGUUAGUCAAAACUGACUUGUCAGACAAUAAUUUUAUCCUUUUUUAGACUUGGGUGCUCAUAUUGAUUGUAAUGCAUUUCAUUUAAGCAGUGCACCUUGGCAUUGAAUAUCCUCUGGACAUUUACCGUAAGGCUUCUUAAACAUUUUUUUUUUUCUUUUUUUUUUUACCACAUCCGUUAUUUUUUUCCCUCCAAGAUACAUUAGAAUCUCAUUGUAAAAGGAAUCUUCUAACACUGGAGUGACCGCUCGCAUUCUGAUAAAAGAGCCUGGAUCAUAGUGGUAUAGUUUUCUUUUCAGGAGAAAAUUGAGUAUAAAAGAGUUCAGUUUUGUGUCAGUUUGCAUAGUUUGAAAAAUCAGGGAGCACUUGUAUGAUGAAACUGUUUGAAAAAUAUUUUAUAUUUAUUUGUGUGAAGUAGACUGAGUUUUAGGUGUAUAAGUUCCAUUGUUCCUGUUUAUUCUGUGCUCAUCUCUCAUGUUUUUCAUUUCCUUUGGAAAUAACAAGAUGAAACAAGGUGUCUACAAAGUCAUCAUUCAGUUCAGAUAUACGAGCACAAAAAUGUUGGUGUCCUGUCUUGGUGCAUACCUGUUGGAGUGGGGAUUUAUGAUGGUGUUUAAGAAAAUGUUGUGGUUUUGUAUAAUGGGAAUACCAAGAAAUAAAGAUGCAUAUAAUAAUGUGGUGACGGGGUAGUGAUAUGACAGUAGCAUAAUAGGAAAUUAAUGUCAAAGCAAAGUGCCAAGCAACACAGAAAAGGGAAGUGCUUUUGUGAUAGUAUGUGUACUUAUCUUGCAAGUAUAGCACUGUAGAUCACAGCUGUUUAGGAAAUAUUCCAAUAUCCAGUUGCAAGUUUUUAAACAUGAUCACACAUAAAAUAGCUAGUGAAAUAAAGGUAACCACUUUGUUGAUAUAAAAGUAACUUAUUUCAUUUCAGUGAAAAUAGUUUGAUGAUACUGUUUCCAACAUAAGAUGUUUAAAAGACAGUGAGAUGUCUGUGCUUAUUCUAUAUAUUUCAAGGCUCAGGUUAAAAGUGAAAUUGCAAAAGAAUAAACAGUGUGGUUCAAGUGUAUUUGAGGAAAAAUAAGAAGCAACUUAUGGAAAUGUAUGUAUGUGAUUUCUGAAGAAUUUACAGUAAGGGGGUUUCAAAGAUUAUUUAAAUUAACAGCUGAAGACCAAAUCCUUUUAACAAUGCUGACGGACAAGUCCAUAAUUGUAAAAAGUUUGAGAGAAAAUGGACAUUGGCAAUUUAUUUCAGGAAAUGGACAUUUACGAUGGUUCUCAAGUUGUGUAUAUUCAUACUGAGGUUGACUACCAGUGCAAAGAAAGCUGUAACAUUAAUAUUGUACAUAAGAUCCUGGUGCAAGAAGAUUAUUUUUGUACAUGAACAUCCUGAUAAAAUAAAGCUUUACCAAGAGUAGAGAAGUUUAAAUGUACUUGCCGUUCUUGAAUAUAGUCUCUCUAUGAUUUAUUAUGAUACAUGGUUAAGAUUUAAUUCCUUCAUGUGUCUAUUUAUUAUUCAAUAUGAAUGUUGUUAAAAAGUUGUCUUUGUAGUUUUUGAUUUUGCUCAUUGCCUGUUAUGUCCAAAUUUUUGAUUGGAGAGAAGGAUAGGGUAUCUAUGCUAGUGUGAAUGGAUAAGUUAAUAUGCUUUUUAUAGAUAUUAAUAAGCCUGCCAAAUCCCCAGCUGCCCAUUGUCUGUCUCUGUCUCUCUGUGUCUCUGUCUCUCUGUCUCUCUGUCUCUCUGUCUCUCUGUCUCUCUGUCUCUCUGUCUCUCUGUCUCUCUGUCUCUCUGUCUCUCUGUCUCUCUGUCUCUCUGUCUCUCUGUCUCUCUGUCUCUCUGUCUCUCUGUCUCUCUGUCUCUCUGUCCCUUCCCACUCUUGUAUUUCAGGGCAGUGCAAUGUGAUAUAGUGACACUGUAGACAUGCGAUCUCUGUAGGUUAAAAUGGAUAGGAUUGAGCAAUGGAAUGCUAAAGAAUGCAUAACAUGAGCAAGAGUGAGUUGAGAAAAAUGUUGAGUGUGAGAGACAACCUUCCUUCCUGCCUUUAUUUAACAUUCUUUGCAUUUAUAAAUGUUGCAUGUGUUGUACUUUGAUAACUGUUAAAACACUUUUUCUAAUUUUAUUUAUUUUUUUCAACUUAAUGGACUUUAUGUUGACUAUAUAAAGAAGUGUGUAUCGAGGUUAAUGUAAGAGCAGAGUUAACAGCCAUUGAUAAAAGUCUGGAGAUUUUUGUGGAAAUGCAAGAAUCCAGUGGUCAUAUUCAUCACCGUUUGGGCAAGGGUAGCAGCAAAUUGGCUACAGUCAUGUAGAGUUGCUAUGCUAAAAAGGAAUGUAAAUUAUACUAAGUCUUUACUUUGCAUGGUUAACAUAGGGGGAAAACUUUUCUAUUUUUGUAUUCCAUUUUAAUAAAUGACAAUUGCAGGCAACAGAAAUGUAGCAUGGGGUUUGUCUGCAAUUGAAACUGUGAUAAAUUCCUUCCAAAGUAAUUGGCAUCCAGACUUUGAUUAUUGGGAUACUGUGAAUGAUAAAUGUAUUUUAUGUAUAUAAUAUAUAUAUAUAUCAAAGAAUAUAGACAGACACAAACUAAACUUUUGUAUUCAUCCUCCUGUGCUACAGAAGGCGACAUAAAACCAUCAAGAAAUAUUGUACAACCUUCUGUCCUGUAGUGAGAUGUACACAUUGAAAGGAAGAACUAUUAAAAGUUAUGCUCCACCAGAUGUCUUCCGCUAUUCAGUUUGGUUCAGUGAGGGGAUCUGCUUUUGUGAAGUACCUUAGUAAAAGUGGAUUUUAUUUGUGAGGAUGUGACUAUUGAUUUCAAGUUUUCUGUUUGUAUUUAGAUAUUUUUAGAGAAUCUGCUGUUGAUUUUUUAUUGUGUAUUUUGUUACAUUCCUUUUGUAUAGGUGAUGGACCAGAAAGUAUAUUAAAGAUAUGAUAUUUU